AUGGUCAUAGGAGGCUACAUACAGUUUAACCCCCUCUCAUACAGUUUAACUUUACAGCAAAUCCGUGGACUGUCGCUUGGUCUGGAGGCCCUCACCAACAUCACAGCAGAAGGACUUCGUCGAACCAGCAACGCCCUCACUAUCCUAGCCAACUACGCCGAGCAGAACCGUCUUCUGAUCCAGACCAUCCUACAGAAGGACUUUAGUGUCGUCUUGGAGGACCUCGAUCCUCGCUUUAAAGGACAAUGUUGCCUGCGCCUUCAGCCUGGGUGGAACAAUGUCUCAGCCGUGGCUGACCAACUAUCCUCCCUCGCCAUCCAGAUUCGUAAAGAGCGUAAGCACAACAUACUCAUAAUCAUUGCCAUAAGUGUUGAUCCAGCCCUUCACACCCUCAUGUGUUUCUUUCUCGGGAACUUGUCCUUCCUGGAGAUGUGCUGCACCUCGGUCACUCUGCCCAAGAUGCUGGCCAACCUCCUCUCAGAAGACAAAACCAUCUCCUUUGCUGGUUGUGCUGUACAAAUGUAUUUCUUUCUAUUCUUUGGUGGAACAGAGUGCUUCCUCCUAGCUGCUAUGGCCUAUGACCGCUACUGUGCCGUAUGCAACCCACGGCGCUACACAGCCAUCAUGAAUAAGAGAGUUUACAUGCAACUGUCUGGUGGCUCAUAUAUCUGUGGCAUGCUGGUGGCCCUGAAGCACACAAUCUUUAUUUUCACACUUCCUUUUUGUGGACCCAAUGUUAUCAACCACUUCUUGUGUGAGAUCCAGCCACUGCUGAAGCUGGUGUGCAGGGAUACCUACUGGAAUGAGAUCCAGAUCAUCGUGGGUGCUGCUAUCAUCCUCAUUCUGCCAUUGUUGCUGAUCCUGGUCUCCUACACCUUUGUCAUCUCCACUAUCCUUAAAAUUAGCUCUGCUGAAGGCAGGUGCAAGAUAUUUUCCACCUGCUCCUCACACCUCAUUGUCGUGACGUUGUUCUGUGGGAUGGCCCUUAUCAUGUACGUGCGCCUCAAGUCCAGCUUUUCUCCAGAUGUGAACAAGUUACUCUCUCUGUUCUACUCAGUGGUAACUCCGACUUUGAACCCCAUUAUCUACAGCCUCAGGAACAAGGAGGUGAAAGAUGCCUUGAGGAAAACAGGAAUGAAGAUAUUCAGUUAA